AUGCUCGUGGAGUAUCUUGUUGCAUACAAAGAUGGUCCGUCACUAUGCCCCAGAUAUUAUCAGAUUCUCACGAAAGCUACGAAACUGAUGCCGGGUGUCUCUGACUUUCCUCGCAGCUGGGUUAUGCUCCAUGACCAGGAAGGUUUCGUCAGACUUCCAAAUGAGCAAUCCAUCUAUACUUCUCCGCCUCGCACAAGUCUUUCCUUACAACCACUCGGUUCCUACAAGGGAAAUGAUUCGAUAUCGCUGCAGAGCAGCGCGGGGCAAAUCUACCUGACGAACCAGCGGGUUGUAUACAUCCCCGCUCAAAAGUCAGCCGAGUUUCAGUCUUUCUCAGCUCCUCUUCUCAACAUCCAUGAUUCGCACGUCACUGCGCCUUUCUUUGGCCCGAAUGUGUGGAUAUCUCUCGUCCAACCAGUGCCCGGAGGAGGAAUUCCUCCAUCCUUGCCUGCCGUUCAGUUGAAGGUGACUUUCAAAGAAGGUGGUGCAUUUGACUUUUCGAAUCAUUUUGAGAGGAUCAAAGAACGUGUUCAACAAGCUGUUGAGCUCUCCCAGGAAAGCGGCCGAGGGACGAGAACCGUCGACAUUUCCUCAGUCCAUCUGGAAGAGUUGCCUGCCUAUACAGGUCCACAGAACGCCGCGGCGGACGCUCCCCCAUAUGAUCAUAGCGUACGUUCGAACACGCACCACGACCGGGGCAACUCAGGACCAGAAUUAGAACCUCUGGAACCACCACCGGGAUAUGAAGAGGUUCAGCAGCAGAGUGUGGCCAAUGAACUCGAAGAGAGGCUGCGUCGUACCAGUUGA